CGGUUACAUACAACCUCGUUUAAAGUUUUCGUACUGACGUCGUGCCCCGCCAGCGAAAUCGAUCUAUCGUUUGCCACUGUCUGGCCUCGCCUCGGAUCAGAAGAACCCAAAGUCGCUUGGACAGCUCCAACAUAUCGACUUUUAUCUCCUCCAGACAUCGACUGCCGUCCUCAUCCCCGUUCAGUAUGGCCUCCUUGUUUAACAUUGCUCGCUCCGGCGCAGCUCGAUCCUCGCUCAGAGCCGUGGCGGCUCCCCGUGUGGCCGCCGCCGCCCGCAUGGCCGCGCCCGGCUCCGCGACGGCUAUGCGCAACACCUUCGUCACUUGGGCGCCCUCCUCGGAGCCCAAGCUCAGUGAGAUCCAAAAGAACCCGGGUAUGCCCCCGUCGACGGAGAACAUCGGUGUCGAUGCCAUUCUUCGCGAGAACCCAGCCGACGGAGACACGCACACGACGACCAUCUUCUCGGAGUUCUCUCUCGAGGGCAAGACGGCAUGCGUCACUGGUGGAAACGGUGGCCUCGGUCUUGAAAUGGCCCUCGCCUUCGUCGAAGCUGGUGCCCAUGUCUACGCUGUCGACGUGCCCGAGCAGCCCUCAGAGGAGUUCAAGAUUGUCGCCGAGCACUGCCGCAUAAUGAACCGCGACCUCAAGUACAUCUCUGCCUCGGUCACCAACGACGAGGAGAUCAACGCCGUCAUGGAAUUCAUCGUCAAGGACUCGGGCACCGACUCGAUGGACGUGUGCGUUGCCGCUGCCGGUAUCCUCGGCACCUACGAUGCCCUUGACUACCCCGUCGAGGACUUCAAGAAGAUCUUCGAUGUCAACACCACUGGUGUCUUCCUCACGGCCCGAGCUGCCGCCCGCAUGAUGCACAAGCAAAAGGAUGUCCACGGCUCCAUCAUCCUCAUUGCUUCCAUGUCAGGUUCCAUUGUCAACCGUGACCACCACUGGGUGGCAUACAAUGCCUCCAAGUCGGCCGUACUCCAGAUGGGCCGUAACCUCGCCGCCGAGUGGGGCCCCAAGAACAUUCGUGUCAACACCAUCUCGCCCGGUCACAUUCGCACUCGCAUGACGUCCGUCUACCUUGACGCUAACCCCCACCUUUUGACCAAGUGGAGCACGUCGAACCCUCUUGGCCGCCUGGGCCGCUCUGCUGAGAUGCGCGGUGUCGCCGUCUGGCUGGCCAGCUCGGCCUCGAGCUUCUGCAACGGUAGCGACAUUGUCGUUUCGGGUGGCCACCAGAUCUGGUAA